AUGAGAUCCCGUUCCCCUUUCGUCCCACUUCCCUCCCCUCGCACCUGCUCCCUUUCUCACUGGUUCCCCUUCUCACCCGUCCCUUUCCUGCCUGUUCCCUUCCCCACCGGGUCCCCUUCCGACCUGCUCCCCCCACCCUCCCACCCUCUCCACUCGUCAGCUGAGUUUCUGCGGUCGGUGGGCAGUCCAGUGCUGUACGGGCACGUGGUGCAGCUGUUCCACGUGAGCAGCGGCAAGUUCGUGAGUGUCAAGCGCACGCAGUCAGAGCUGGAGAAGUCGCACCUCAAGGUCGUCCUGCAGAGGCGCGGCGACAUGGGCUCCUGGUUCACGGUCACGCCCGCGUACAAAAUCAAGCGGGAGGGCGAGCAUGUGGCGUUUGGAGACGCAGCAACGUUCAUGAGUGUCAAGUUCUCUGGAGCCGGAUUGCGGCUCUCUGAUGCGUCCUUUGAUGUCACAGUGUCUGGCUGCCAUCCUUAUGUCAUCGACUCUAGAGAGGUGAACGCAGGCCCGGAGGUGGGGCGGUGGAAGCUCAUACCCUACGCACUGCACGAGAGCAAGCUACUGAACGCCAGGCAUCUGCUGAGAGGCGGCGAUGCAGUGGUGGUGACGCACAGGGCGAGUGAGAUGCACCUGGUGUGCGACGAGGGCCAGGUGUUCUUUGAAGCGCGUGGCCAGAGCGAGCCCGGCGGGGGGAGAGUCAGCUCCAAUGCUCUCUGGCGCCUGCAGCCUCUCACUGUUGAGUGGGGCGGGCGUUUCGCCUCUGGAGACCAGCAAUUCCACUUGAAGCACCUGGCGACGGGCCUGUACCUGGAGUCCAGGCGCCUGCUGCACUCCAAUACCUGCCUCGAUAUGCGCGGAGAGGACUUCAGGGGCAUGGUGGGAGUGACAGAGCUUUACAAGAAGCCAGGAACCGUGUGGAGGAUAGGGGCAGUGGGGCAGGGCACAGAGAGGCACGUGAUACCGUACCACACGCUCAUUCAAUGCCACGGCGUGCAUGGCUUCAUGUCAGGCGGCAGUGGGGACUAUUACAAGGCCCGCUGGGCCUCUCCCGGUGCAGUAGGCUCACUUUCCUUUGCCUCGUCUUUCUCUGCCGCUGCUGCUGCUGCGGCGGUUGGUGCUGUUGGUGUUGCGUCGGCGGCUGCUGCUGGUGUGUCUUCGGGGUUUGCGUCGGGAGCGUGCGUGGAUGGGGAUGGGGAUGGGGACGGGGGCGAGGAGGAUGAGGAGGAGGCGCUGAUGGGGAGGCGUCCUGCUGGGCUCACGUCAGUGUGGGACCAGAAGGUGUGUGUUCCGUCUGGUGCAGGGGGAAACAGAAGGUGUGGGUUUUACUUCGAGAGCGGCGCUUCACACAAGCUGUUCUUCUUUCCUUUCUCCAUUGAUGUGCUCUGUCGUUGUGUUGUACUCAUGGUACCAUCCCAUUGCACACAACAGGACGCGCUUGUAUUCGAGGGUGCUCCUCCAGCAGCGGUCAACCUCAUCCUCACAGAGAGUGACUCCACGCGCUGUCUGAAGAACUUUGUGCUGGCGCUAGACGAGAUAGACCCCAUAGAUGACUGCACGGACGACGAGGUGCUCAAGGCCAGUCGAUUCAAAAAUCGCCCCUGCAUGUUUCCGCCUAUGGUUGUGUUUCCCGUCUGCAGCAUCCGCACCAGCGGCCUCAUUCAAGUGCUCUUCAAGUAUGGCCCAGUGGUGGCAGAGGAGCUGCAGCGGCUGAUUCGCUGUCUGGUCAUCUCGGACAUGCCAGACGUGCUCAACCUCAGGGGCCCUCCAAAUCGCACAUACCAGGUCUUUGUGAGCGAGCAGAAGGUGCUAGCAGUGGUCGUCUCCGUGCUGCAGAUCCUCCUCAUAAGCAAAGGCCUCCCGCAGCGCUGCCUGAGCGACUGCGACACGUUCUUCGAGGGAUUCGACCUGCGCCGCCUCUGCAAGCUCAUGAACCGCUUCUUGCAAGCCGCGUGCCAGCAGUUCAGGCCUGGGCAGGACCAGCUCGCUCCGUACGUGCCGCUGCUGGACCAGCUGGUGGGGAAUGAGAUCUACACCUCGGGCACGAUCAUGGCGAUUUUCGCGGAUAAUGAGAGGAUUAUAUCGAGGGUCACUGUGGACAAUAUCCGGCAGCGAGUGACCAACUGCCGCAUGUUCCAGCGGCCGCGGGACAUCCGCUUCCUGAACAUCAUCUGCAGCAGCGAGGGCGCGCCCGUGCGCUCCAACCAGAACGUCGUGGUGGACAUUCUCCGAGAGAACGCCGAUAUCCUCGUGCAGGCCCGCCCCGCUCCUUCGCGGCUUGUUCAGGGCGGACAGACGCUCAUUCUGAGGCGCUGGGAUGGGCUGGAGGUGGAUUGUGAGGCGUACGCGGAUCUGCAGCAGCUGGGCCCACACUCUGACUCCAUUCGCCGCACUCCGCAGGAGGUGCUGUUUCUCUUCUAUGUGGUGUCCCUGGAGCUCUACUGCACGCUGUGUCUGCAACGCAACCGCAAGGCCAUAGACUGGCUGAUAGAGGACAGCCACCUGUAUGGGCUGGACUACGGCACGCUUCGCAUGGUGGUCUUUAACGACGCCCUGCCCUUCUUCCUGCGCACCAACUGCUGCCGCCUGCUCACACGCAUGUACCUUGAUAGGGAGCCCUUUGAGCUGGUGUCACAGGGCAGCGUCAUGCUCACCUGGCCCACAAUCGACGACUCAGAUGCAGAAACCCUCAGCGAGCCCGACCACGUGAAUAUGGCCAUGGCAGACCCAUUUUCCGCCUUCCCCGGGAAGGCGCCAGAGAGGGAGUUUGGGGAGUUGAAGGCGCGCACAUUGGCUUACCUGCACGGCACGCGGCUGUCGUCUGCUUGCUCUGCGGGGCAGAGUGCGCUCACACUGGCCGUGCUGCAGAUGGGUAGCAUCAUGCUGCAGUUCGGGCUCUUUGGGAACUUCUCUCAGGACUGGGACAGCUCCAUAGCGCAAGUGGUGGCGGCGAUCAUCCCUCUGCUGGAUGGCAGGUCGGAGCCGUGGGACGGCAGCUGCAGGCUGCGGUUUGAGAACCAGCACGAGCCACACAGCAGUGCUGUCAUGGAGGCGAAGACCAUCAUGUGUGCCAUGCUCAUGUACAUAUUCGACAUGCGCAUCAACUGGUGCAUCAGCAUCGCAUUCGACUGUUACUGCGACCUCGGAGAUCGCACCAUAGCCAACUUCUGGGACAUGCCUCUCCUCCUCUCCCGCCCCUCCGACCCCUACUCCUCCGGGUAUCCCUCCUCCGUCGCUGCAGUUACCACCUCCACCACCACCUCCUCCUCCGCCUUGGCUCAGCACACCUCGUUUCACUCCGCGUCUCUGGCUUCGUUGGAUUCCGGUAUUCCCAAGGAUGCUGUUGCGGCGCUGCAGAGAGCAUUGGGAGGGGAGAAUGGGGUGAUGGGAGGGGAGGGCGUGGGGAGGAGAUUCGGUGCAUCGGGACUGGAGGGUGGUGGCGGCAGGAAGGCGUAUGCUGGCAAUGGUGGUAGUGGUGCUGCUGGUGGUGGCGGUGGUGGUGGUGGAGGAGGAGGGGGGAAUGGAUAUGGUUACGGCUCGGGUAACAGCAAUGGCGGUGGCGGUGGCAGUGGCGGUGGUGGUGGUGGUGGUGGCAAUAGCAAUGCAUUGAUCAUGAGGAGAAAGUCUCUCUGGUGGUCCACUCGUUUGAAGCUCGAAGCUGCUUCUACCCUCCGCGGGUUUGUCAGGCCGUCGCGAGUGGGGCCCCCUGAUUCAGCAGUCUUCGACCAACUCUUCAAAGACCUUUUUGAGACGCCUGAGCUGAGUCCCUCAGGGGCUGUUUUGCGGGAGGAAGCAGGCGUGCAAGAAGAGGUUCGGUUGAGGGAGGAAGUGGGGGGCAGGAUGGGAGGAGAGGAGGGGGGAGGCGGACGCGGGGAGGAGAGAGAAGCGAGAAGUAAAUCAGUAAACCGGGUACCUUACAUGAUGAAGGUGCUUCUAGACCUGACUCGUUAUAAGUACGCUCCGUUAAGAGCGCUCGCGUUCGCCCUGAUCGACCGCUACAUGAUGGAAAAGGCAUCCCUCCUGCGCAAAAUGCUCUCCACUCACAUCGUCGUGGAUCCAGAUGUGCUACGUCUGUACAAGCAGGUCGCUCACGACGUGAACAUGCUACGGUCGCUGCACGGAUGGCUGGGGAGCGAUAAUGAGUUGCUGCGAGGGGAGGUGCGGCGGCGGUGCUGCGAGGUGCUGUGGAAGUUCCGGGAUAUGUGCACGCUCAGCCAGGGGCAGAAUGAGGCACAGGUGGUGAAGCACCAGACGAUUCUCAAGACCCUUGGCGCCCACUGCUGCGCUCGUGAGUUUCCCCUGGGCUUGAGUGUUCUGGAGUGUAGUCCGCGUUCUCUUGCUGCUGCAGGUGACAUGCUGCGCUUGCCCUUCCGCCGCGUGCCAUCUCAAGUGCGAGGCGAGAUGGACUGUAUCGAGGAUGAGGGGCUGCAGGCGCUGCUGCAAGCUGCCUACGAGUUCCUCACCAUGUUCUGUGGGGGAGUGGUGAACGAGGAGAUCCAACUCACGCUCUUCCCCUUCAUUCCCCUUAUGCUGGCGCACCGAGGGCUGCAAGGCGUGCAGGUGACAGAGUGUCUGUGUGCCAUACUCAAAGAUAACUAUGAGCUCUGCGCUCAGUCCCACAGUGGGCCGGGACCUCAGGUCGUGCUGAGCAGAGCAAUUCUUGAUCAUUUUCACAAAUCCCCCUCCUGCUCCCCCCCCUCUCUCCCACCUGGCCCCAUCCUAGGUGGGACUGGACCUCAUCUGGUCAAGCUUCCGUCUCAUUCUCAGAUUCAACCGCCGCCACUCCUGGCUGAGGUUCCUAGAGCCGCCGCCACUCCUGGCUCAAGGUUCCUCGAGACGGUGGUGGUGGUGAACGGCAAGCCCAUGGGUCGCAACCAGACAGCCGUGCUGGACAUGGUGAUUGAUCACACGCACUCUGUUGCUGGCCUGCCCAAGACACCCGCGCACUGGAGGCGACGCAGGGAGCUCAUGGCUGCUGGCGAGGCUGCUUCCAAGCCCCAUGAGAGCCAGGCGCCUCAAAACAAGACACCCGCGCACUGGAGGAGGCGCUGGGAGCUCAUGGCUGCUGGCAAGGCUGCUGCCAAGCCCCAUGAUUGCCAGGUGCGCUUCCAUGCAGCGUACGUCUCUCUGCUCGCUGCGUGCUGCUGGGGGAACAACCCAGCGCAUGCAGUGAAGGUGGGCGGGCUGGUGGGCCUGGGCGAACUGGCAGCAUCUGAGGAGUUUGAUCAUGCGCCGCCCGAAGGCUCCGCACAGCAUUUCGUGGCAACAGCAGCGCUGCCCAUGCUGACUUCCUACUUUAAACGCCACUUCAUUGCUCGAAGGGCCAACCUGCCGGAUUCCCACCGGGUGUUGCUCGACCAAUUAGCAGACGCCAUCUGGCACCUCUGCGGCAAGCUGCCUCCCUCGCAGCGCGACGCCCCCUUGAGAUGUAUCGAGGAGAUGAAAGCUGCUGGUGCGGUUUCUAGAUUUGACUACGGUCCGUCUUCUCUGCCGUAUUUUGUCGAUCGGGCUGCGGUGAGCCGUGCUCGAGGCACAGAGUUGCAGCGCAAGGGGCAGAUUUUCAAAGCGAAUUGGGUGAAUUUCUGCCGCUUGUUCUCACAGAAGCUGGAUAUUUCCGACCUGCAGACCAUGGAAGGGUCGGGAGCGCGACACCUGGCGCUCAUGCUGAGUCAGCGCCGGCCGGUUGACGUGUCAUACUCCCCGCCGUUCCACUACUAUAAUGUGGUGCCGCAGCUGACGAGCCUGCUGUCCAGCCCUAAGGUCCCGCCGCAGCUGACUCCGGACCUGAUGGUUCGGCUGCUUCGGGUGUGCCGAGCCAUGAUCUACCUGACAGACGAUUGGGAUGGCAAGCCUGUGAUGAAGCAGGAGAAUUCUAAGGUUGUUUCAGGUGGAGGAGGGAGUGGUGGUGGUGGUGGCGGAGGAGGAGGAGGAGGAGGAGGAGGAGGAGGAGGAGGAGGAGGAGGAGGAGGAGGAGGAGGAGGAGGGGUAGGAGGAGGAGGAGGAGGAGGAGGAGGAGGAGGAGGAGGAGGAGGAGGAGGAGGAGGAGGAGGAGGAGGAGGAGGAGGAGGAGGAGGAGGAGGAGGAGGGGUAGGAGGAGGAGGAGGAGGAGGAGGAGGAGGAGGAGGAGGAGGAGGAGGAGGAGGAGGAGGAGGAGGAGGAGGAGGAGGAGAAGGAGGAGGAGGUGGAGGAGGAGGAGGAGGAGGAGGAGGAGGAGGAGGAGGAGGAGGAGGAGGAGGAGGAGGAGGAGGAGGAGGAGGAGGAGGAGGAGGAGGAGGAGGAGGAGGAGGGGUAGGAGGAGGAGGAGGAGGAGGAGGAGGAGGAGGAGGAGGAGGAGGAGGAGGAGGAGGAGGAGGAGGAGGAGGAGGAGGAGGAGGAGGAGGAGGAGGAGGAGGAGGAGGAGGAGGAGGAGGGGUAGGAGGAGGAGGAGGAGGAGGAGGAGGAGGAGGAGGAGGAGGAGGAGGAGGAGGAGGAGGAGGAGGAGGAGGAGGAGGAGGAGGAGGAGGAGGAGGAGGAGGAGGAGGAGGAGGAGGAGGAGGAGGAGGAGGAGGAGGAGGAGGAGGAGGAGGAGGAGGAGGAGGAGGAGGAGGAGGAGGAGGAGGAGGAGGAGGAGGAGGAGGAGGAGGAGGAGGAGGGAUGAAGGGCCAGCCUGAAAGGCUCCGAACAAUGGGCAAAUGGGACAUGUUCGAAGCAUCAGUACCAGUCCGAUACUCCAAAUCGUCCCUCGAAGCCCUAGCCCGCGUGCAAUGCGGAUACACAGACAUGGGUCUGGCCACGUGCGCGGUGAAACUCGUCAGUCACCCGAGCCAGUGGGUGCAAGCGGAAGCAGUGAAGCUUGCAAUUGCCCUCACAGACGAAGGGAACGGGCGUGUGCAAGCCACUAUGUACUCUGUUCUUGUUCACGAGCCGGAGUUUUUUCAGACGGUCAAGAAGGUGCUUGCGGCGGCGUCGUCGACGGUUAAGUUUGUGAGGAAGGGGCUGGAUAAGGCUGAGGUGAAGGCGAGGCGGGAGGAGAUGGAGAGGAGGCAGAUGCGCGUAGGGGGAAGGGGAGGGAGGGGGAGAGGGGGGGAGAAGGGUGGUGGGGGAGUGGGAGGGAGGAGUGAGGGUGAUGGGCCGGAUGGGGGAGGGAAUGGGGGAGGGAGAGGGGGAGGGAGAACGGGUGGAACAGAAGCACACAGGGAGGGAGAGAGAGUAAGGCCAGAGUACAAGGGUGGGGGUAGGGGUGUGGCAGGUCAGAACCAAAGAGACGAUCAUAUAAGGGUAAGCAGAGAGAGGGGAGACUUGGGCGCUACUACUACGACUAGAUUCAAUCGUGCUGGCAGCGUUGGCAAUGGUGGUGGUGGGUAUGGGUCUCAGCCGUUGAGAGAGGGGGCUGGUGGGGCAAAUACAGAGCAUGGAAGUUCUCAUAUGGAUUCUGAGGCGUUUCCAGGCGGCGGUAACAGUGGGGCUGGUAGCAGCAGUGAGGCAGAGGGGGGGAGCAGAGAGGGGGCGAGGGAGGCAUGGUUAUGCAGGGGUGCUGCGGAAGCAGAGGAGGGGGGUGCGGAGAGCCAAGGGGGGACGGGCCGAGCUGCAACGAGGGCUUUGUUUCUGAAUGCGGUGAGAAUGAUGAAGGAACGGGGGGGGUCUGCUGAACAUGCGAUGCACCGUCGAGCGGAGGAGGAGGAGGGUCACAAUGAUAAGUUGGAAAGAAGGGCAGUUGCAGCGAAUGGGGAUGUGGUGGGUAGGAGGCUGCUUGGCAGUCGACGGGGUAACAGCAGUGGCAGCAGCGACAGCAGCAGUACCAGCAGCAGCAGCAGCAGCAGUAUAGGUAACGAGGGUGGGGAAGGUGGAUUGGAAAUGGAAAUAGAGAUGGAAGUAAGACCUCCUGAGGCCGAAUCCCCUCGUCCUGCCCUCAACAGUACGCAUCCUGCUGACGAUACUGUUGCAGAUUCUGAAGCAGGAGUAGAGGCAACGACUGAGAGCAUGGAUGUAGGUACUGGUAUUAGUGGGCAUGCGGGGAUGGUUGUGUCUGGAGAUGUGGGAGGGGUGGAAGGAGAGGUGGGUGCUCCAUGUGUAUCCCCAGGAGACCCUUCCUGUGGUUCUCAACCCAGUCACAACGGUCGUGAUAGCACACAGCAGGAGCUCUCAUCGUCAGCAACAGAAGCAACAGGAAUGAUGGGUUCACAUCCGUCUGGUGCAUCGGAUGGUGUUGGUGUUUCUCCCGCUUCGCAGCCUCCUUCCAGUAUCAGCACUUCAUCAGAUGGUCUGAUCCAUGGAACAGGCGCGAGAUCAACCAACAGUGGCGCCGCCAGGUCUCUCGAGGGUCCUGGGGUGGAGAGCGGAAGGGACAGCAUUUGCGAGAGCCACGAGAAGAGUCGGCCUGGUGAGAGGAGUGGGGCUGGUGAGAGGAUUGGGGCUGGUGAGAGGAGUGGUGGGACUGGAGAGGUAGCUGUUUCCAGUGAGAGGGGUGGUGCUCGCUUGGGUGGUAACAUGGGUGCCUAUGCCAGGAUGAGGAUCAAAACUGGGUCGAUUGAUCUAGGGGAGACACUAGAAACACCAGCAACAACGCCAGGGCCUGGUCUUGGACUUGGUACAAUGGACCCUGAUGGACUGGAAUCCCCUGCAGAAACACCGAUGACGGCAAGAGAGGAGGCAGGAGGGGGGUCAGGAGGAGGGGCAGGAGGUGGAGGAGGUGGAGGAGGAGGAGGUGGGGGAGCGUCGGUCGCAGGUGGAGAGGAGGAGGAUUACCGGCUGUGGGAUGUGGAGGAGAACGAGGAGGGGACGAAGGCGACGAGUAGAGACACGACGCUGCAUAAGAAGGCAUGGGUGAUUCUCUCUGGGCAUGUUACCAACCUCUUAAGAAUGCUCCAGCUCAUGUGUGAGGGCCAUAACGCGGAUAUGCAGCGCCUGCUGCGCCUGCAGGAGUAUCCUGGCCCUCCGAGUGCCGGGAUCGAACGGUCAGGAGGAGGGGAUGAUGACGGGGCUGCCGGGGGCGGGGGAGGGGGAGUGGGGAUUGGGGGAGGGGCGGGAGGGGGAAGGGGGUGGGGCGGAGGGGGAGGCGGGGCGGUGGAGGGGAAAGGGGUGAAUGUGUUGCAGGAGAUUAUAGUGUUUCUGGAGCAUUUGCAGCCAUCUCUGGAUAAGAAUCUUGGGCAGAAGAACCCGCUGCUGGUCGAGAUUGCUCUGCAGGCGCUCAACACGCUGUUAGAGGCCAUCCAGGGCCCGUGCUUUGAGAACCAGCUGGCUCUCGUGCGCUCCAACUUCCUCUCCAUCACGCAGCGAAUGCUCGCCUCGCUCAACUACCGCGAACAGGACGAGCGCACGCCGCCCGUGCGCUACUCCCCGGACGUCAUCGCGGGUAUUCUGAGCUACACUGCGCUGGGGUCUCGACCCGCAGGAGGAGCUGGAUGCCCCAUGCUAAGCGCCAACGACCUGCGGUGCUGGCUGCGCAACGGGGUGUUCUCAGUCUAUCUCUCUCUACUCGAGGAGAUCGGCACCAACAGCGAGAUCCCCAGCAAGAUGGCUGCUGUCAUCGACUUCACCUCCCUGCUGCACCGCUGCCGCCAGCUGCAGCAGGUUCUCAGGGAGUACAAACUCGGAUGUCCCGACGCGGGGAGGGAUUUCGAGUCGUCGCAGAGCCUGAUAGCGUUCCUGCGGCAGAUGCUGAGAGAGUACAUGGUGGCUCGCGGUGAUCCUAUGGAGCAUGGCGGUGCAGCAGCACUGGCGGCAGCGGCGGCGGCGGCGGAGGGAGGGGUGGGAGGGGCAGCAGAGGCAGGUGAAAGUUCUGGGUCGCUCUUGCAGUUUUUGGCAGCGAGAUUACGCGGUGGUGGUAGGGGUGGUGGUGGUGAGGGUGCUGUUAACCAUACUGCUGCCGGUGCUGGUGCUGGUGCUGGUGCUGGUGCUGGUGUUUCCAGUGCUGGUCCUGCUGGUGAUGGUACUGCUACUGCUGAUGCAACUGGCUUGAAACGCCUCAAGCGACUGCUGGGUGGGAGUAACGGUAGGAGUGACUGUGGGAGUAACAGUGGGAGACUUGCUAGUGCUGUUGCCAUGGCUGCUGCAGGGGGGUUGCGAGGCGAGGACUGGAGAGGGGAUGUGCGAGGGGAAGGAACAUACUGUGCUGCGAACAGUCAAAUGGGAAGGGAAGAGGAUGGGGGGAUCCGAGGAGAUGAAGCUGUGAGGAUCUGGCGAGGCGUGGGUUUAGGUGUGGGCUCACGGGUCGUGUGGGGGAAGCCCAUGGAGAGGGUGGGAGAGGGGUUGGUGGAGGAAGAGGGAGGGAUAGCAGCAGGAGUAACAGCAGCGCCAACAGCAGCAGCAGAUAUUUCAACAGGAGCAGGGGUAAGAGGAGCGCAGGUAGAGUCAGGUGUUUUCAACAACGAUGGAGGAGGUAGUGGUUCAGGAGUGGGUAAAGGAGAAAGAGAUGUAAGAGGAUUAGGAGAUGGAGGAACAGGAGGUGGGGGACUGAAGAUAAGGAAGGGUCCUCCCCUCGCUCCUCUAUCGUCCCUAUCUUCCGCACACAACAAGUCCCUACCCUCCUCCUCCACCGUCCCGAAUCUCUCCUCUCGGCACGCUCACAUCAGCACUUCUGCUCCCUCCAUCUCCCCCCAGUGGCGUCCCCCCCUUUGGAGCACAUUCAAUACAGACUCCCUGCUCUUUCUGCUGCCAGGCGAGGUGCUCAACUCCCUCAUUAUAAUCAUCAAGCUGGAUGAUUUCGACCUUUUCUUCAACCAGCGCUCGUGUGCUAUCGAGGUCGUGCGCGACGGGCAGCUGGAAAAAGUUUACUUCCCGCUGACCCCCGAAUGCAGGAGGUUAUCUCAGGACCCGCAAUGGACCCAGGCUGCCCUGCAGGAGCUGUAUGACGUUCCAAGAGAAAACCCCAUUCAGAAAGUGCAGCAGUUUAUGGCAGCGGCGCGGCUGCUGGUAUACAAAGUGCAGCACUACGAGCGCAUGAGGCUGCGAUACGCCUGGUCCGGCUGGCUGCAGGCCCGCAUGACCCACCUCAAGCGCGCCCCCUUCUAUCUCUCCAUCGUUAUAGUCACCAUCCUCGUCUUUAGCAACACCCAGCUCAGCACCGCCCCUGCUGGCCUGUUGCAGGUGGCAGCAGGGGCGCUCACCCUCGUGGCGUUUGUGCUCAUAGAGUCGCCUCUCCUCGUGCUGCACGAGCGACGGGCCAAGGAACAGGCCAUCUCAGGGGCGCUCUCCUCUCUAGCUGAGCGGGGGCACACAGAAGCCUUGGGGCAAGGGGAGGGGGAAGGGGAGGAGGGGGCGGGGGGAGCUGAGAUGUGGGAGGAGCUGGAGGGAGUGCCCAAGCGCCUGCUGCUGCAGAACCGCGACUUUUGGUACAUCAUAGCCAUGCUCGUCGCCAGCAUCCUGGGAAUAGUCUCGUCGCCCUUCUUCUUUGUCUUCCACCUGCUUGACUUUCUCAUCUACCACCCCUCGGGAGCCAUCGUGCUGCAGUCCGCCUACGUGGGCGGCCCUCUGCUCAUCCGCACAGGCCUCGUGGGAAUCCUCGUGAUCUUCAUGUAUGCAGUAGUCUCCUUCCUAGCCUUCGGCGGGGACAGCGAUUUCGCCUGCACGACUCUCUAUGGGUGUAUAGGCUCUCAUCUCGUGAACGCGCUUUCGAGCUCCUCGAUCGGAGGGCUUUGGAAGGAGUGGGAUGCGGUGCCGGACUCGAUGUUCGAGGGGGUGCGCGGGCAGCUGCGGACGGCGUUUAUCGUGUCGUUCCUCAUCAUCUGGGUGUUCCUGCUGCAGAACAUCUUCACUGGGCAGAUUGUCGACGCGUUCACGUCCAUUCGUGACGAGAAGGCGGCCAAGGAGAAGGAUCUAGGUGAGAUUGAGCCGCCUCUAUGCCCGUUUCCUUACACUGCUAGUUUUAAGCACUCCUUACACGAGAAGGCGGCCAAGGAGAAGGAUCUAGACGACAAGUGCUUUGUGUGCAGCAUUGAUCGAUUCGCCUUCGAGCAGCGGCUGGGCGGGUUCGUGGACCACGUGAAGCACGAGCACAAUGCGCUGCACUACCUCUUCUACAUGGACUACCUCCUCAAACGCAACCCCACAGAGUACACAGGCCUCGAGUCCUUUGUGCGCGGCCGCCUCGACGCGCGCAACGACGACUGGAUCCCGAUUGGUCGCGCCAUGCACAUCGACCGGUUGAAGCAGUUCCGGGCGAAGCAGCGGGGUGCCAGCGAGGGCAUGGACCGGGUCCGACAUGUGCUGGAUCGGAUGGAUGCGAGAAUGACAGCGCUUGAAGCCGGGAUGGAGACGAUGAGGAUUGAGAUCAACCGGUCGUCGUCUCGGUCGUCCCGGUCGGGGUCCGGUGUGGGGCUUGCGAGUGCGAGUGUCGGCGGUGGUGGUGGAGGGGGGGGCGGCGGAGGAGGGAGGCGGUCGCAGGGGAUUCUGGCACGGUCGUUGACGGGGGGAGGAAGUAGCGGUAGGAGGAGCAGCAGCAACAAUAGCAGCGGAGGGGCGGGAGCUAGUCGGUCGUCGAGCUUUGGACGGACUGGGAGGGGAAGGAUGAUGGGAUCCAUGUCUCUCAACCCGAAUUCGCAGCUACAUAAUGAAGAGGAGGAGGAGGUGACUGGUGGAGGGGAUAUGAUGUUUGAGCUACGGAAUAUUCAUUCAGACAUCCCAAUCUCUAGGGCGUCAACAUUGCCUGGUCUGUAUGGUGGCUGGGCAUCACCCUCGGUUGGCUAG